CAGAGAAGUCCCAGCAUCUCAGAGCUCUUUAGGUGGUGUCUGCACAGGAAUACAAGGAAGAAUUUCUGAGUAUCAUCAUGGCUCGUUCUAUGGACUUCCCACAAACAAAUUGUGGCCUGUGGAACUCCAAAGGACCCUUCUUCCUCCUGUGUCUAUUGCUAUGUCUUCUUGCUGAGUGUGAAGGCAGCGAAAAAGUCCCAGUGUCCACAGUUACAUUGCCAAAGGAAAACUACAAAACCAAAGUGACUUUUGAUCCUGCCACAGCAUAUCCAUGGCUCGUUGUGUCUGCAGACAGGACCUAUGUGGAAUCAGGGAAUAAUUCCCAAAAUGUGCCGGACACUCCUGAACGAUUCAAUAGCACACCGUGUCUGCUGGGCCUCCCAGGCUUUACAUCUGGGAAGCAUUACUGGGAGGUGGAGUAUGGAAACCAGAGGGAAUGGGCAGUGGGGGUGGCCCUUGAGACUGUGGAUAGGAAGAAACAUCUCUUACUUCGUCCCGAAGACGGGGUUUGGCAAGAGGGUCUCUGGUGGCUUCGGGUGCUGGAAAACGAUUCUCAUACACUUCCCAGUCGCCCUGGGAUCAUUGGGAUCUUUCUGGAUUAUGACGCAGAUUCAGUGGCAUUUUACAUAGACAGGAAAGUGAUUAAGAAAAAAGCCUUUUUCAAAGGGAAGAAAGUGUUUCCUUUCUUUUAUCUGGGAGGAGGUGUUCACCUCAAGAUAACAAAAUAAUUUUUUAAAAAGUCAGAGUAA